CCGCGAGACCCCAACAUGGCGGCGGGCAGCGGGCGGCGGCGGGGAGGAGGCGGCGGCGGCGGCGGGGGGAGCUCAGCGGGGCCGGGACCGGGCGGAGGCCGGGGCCCCGCGUCCCCCCCGCCUCUGCUACCGCCGCUGCUGCUCCUCCUGGCGCUGCCCGGCGGCGGCGGCGGCUCCCCGGUGCUGGCGGCGGGGGACAGCGUGAUCCUGGGCAUGCGGCUGGAGGAGAGCUCCAAACCGGCGGCGGCGGCGCAGGGCCCGAUCCGGGUGACGGAGGGCAGCGAGCUCCUGCUGCGCCUCUACGGGCUGGGGCUGGGCCCGCGCACCGGCGAGCGGGUGGCCUUCGCCGAGCUGCGCCCCUCCGCCAACGCCUCGGCCGAAGCCGCCGCCGCCGCCGCUAACGGCAGCUGCCCCGAGCGCUCCCAGGACCUGGUGGUGCGGCCCGGCCCCGCCGAGCCCCGCAGCACCUCGGCGCUGCUCCGAGUGCUGGUGCAGCCGCUGCGCAAGGACGAGAGGGCCAAGACCUACGUGCUGUGCAGCCAGAGGGGGCCCGGGCAGCCCUGGCUGCCGCACCGGGGGCCCGACGGGCAGCUGGUGGUGCUGGAGGAGAAGAAGUCGCUGCUGCCGCUCUGGCUGCAGGUGACGCUGCUGGGGGGGCUGCUGGUGCUGUCGGGGAUGUUCAGCGGGCUCAACCUGGGCCUCAUGGCGCUGGACCCCAUGGAGCUGCGCAUCGUGCAGAACUGCGGCACGGAGAAGGAGAAGCGCUACGCGCGCAAGAUCGAGCCCAUCCGCCGCAAGGGGAACUACCUGCUGUGCUCCCUGCUGCUGGGCAACGUGCUGGUCAACACCACGCUCACCAUCCUGCUCGACGACCUCAUCGGCUCCGGCAUCGGCGCCGUGGUGGCCUCCACCAUCGGCAUCGUCAUCUUCGGGGAGAUCGUGCCCCAGGCGCUGUGUUCCCGCCACGGGCUGGCCGUGGGCGCCAACACCAUCGUGGUCACCAAGUUCUUCAUGCUGGUGACCUUCCCGCUCUCCUACCCCAUCAGCAAGCUCCUGGACUGCAUCCUGGGCCAGGAGAUCGGCACCGUCUACAACCGGGAGAAGCUGGUGGAGAUGCUGAAGGUGACGGAGCCCUACAACGACCUGGUGCGGGAGGAGCUCAACAUGAUCCAGGGCGCCCUGGAGCUGCGCACCAAGACGGUGGAGGACGUGAUGACCCCGCUGCAGAACUGCUUCAUGAUCAACAGCGACGCCAUCCUGGACUUCAACACCAUGUCGGAGAUCAUGGAGAGCGGCUACACGCGCAUCCCCGUCUACGAGGACGAGCGCUCCAACAUCAUGGACAUCCUCUACAUCAAGGACCUGGCCUUCGUCGACCCCGACGACUGCACGCCCCUCAAGACCAUCACCAAGUUCUACAACCACCCCGUCCACGUCGUCUUCCACGACACCAAGCUGGACGCCAUGCUGGAGGAGUUCAAAAAGGGGAAGUCCCACCUGGCCAUCGUGCAGAAGGUGAACAACGAGGGCGAGGGAGACCCCUUCUACGAGGUGCUGGGGCUGGUGACGCUGGAGGACGUCAUCGAGGAGAUCAUCAAGUCGGAGAUCCUGGACGAAUCCGACACCUACACCGACAACCGCAGCAAGAAGCGGGUGGGCAACCAGAAGAACAAGAGGGACUUCUCGGCCUUCAAGGACCCCGUCAACGAGCUGAAGGUGAAGGUGUCCCCGCAGCUGCUGCUGGCCGCUCACCGCUUCCUCUCCACGGAGGUGACGCUCUUCACGCCCAACUUCAUCUCGGAGAAGAUCCUGCUGCGGCUGCUCAAGUACUCGGACGUCAUCCAGGAGCUGAAGUUUGACGAGGAGAACAAGAAGUCCCCGCGCCAUUUCCUCUACACCAAGAACAAGUCAGCCGACUACUUCAUCCUCAUCCUGCAGGGCAAGGUGGAGGUGGAGGCCGGCAAGGAGUGCAUGAAGUUCGAGGCAGGAGCCUUCUCCUACUACGGGGUGAUGGCCAUCAGCCCGCCUCCGGUGUCGGAGACCCGCUCCCCGUCCCACGUCAGCAGCCUGAACCGCUCGGCCUCCCUGAGCUACCACGAGCGCUCCGACUCCGUCUCGUCCCCCGUGGGCGGCAGCAACAACCAGCUCAACGCCGGCGCCCCGUACGUGGCCGACUUCAGCGUGCGCGCCCUCACCGACCUCCAGUUCGUCAAGAUCACGCGGCAGGAGUACCAGAACGGCCUCACCGCCUCCCGCAUGGACAGUUGUCCCCAGUCCCCGGACAGCAGCGCCCCCAAACCCGACCCGCCGGAGAAACCGGAGCCCGCGGACGAGACCACCAGCCUGCUGAACGAGAGGAACUGCCUGAGCCGCCGGAGCAACCACAGCCCCAUGGAGAACUCCAUCUGACCCCGGCCGCGGGCCAGGGACGCAUCGGGACCCCCGCAGCCGCCCUGCGGGGGGGACCCUGCCCCGCUCAGAAACGCUCCGGUGGCCACGGAGCGGGUACGGGGCCGCGCCGGCCGCCCAGGGAACGGACGCGCCCGGCGUUCGCCGCAGGCACCCGCGGCGCGGUCCGAAAGGGAGCCCGGUUUUGCUGCUGCUGCUUUUUGGAGACUGAUUCCGUGGUUUCAGCGCGGUGGAGGCCGGAGGCCCCGCGGCCGGGCGGACGUUCGUUCGCAUGCAGCUCAGGGAGCUUCAGGUCCCGCGGGCCGGGCCCCCCCCAUGGCCUCCCCGGGGGUGUUUUCGGGCCUCCUCCUUCGAGGGCGCUGAGGACAGCCAGGAGAACCCCCCCAAAAAAUAAAACAUCAAUAAAACGGAGGCGGAACGGGGCGGGGGGGUGACUCAGGGAGUGCCGCGGCCCCGGGGCGGGGGGCUCGGGGGGGCAGGAUCCGGCACACAGCUAGUGACCAAAGUACGGGCGGGGGGCUCCCCUCCGCCUCCUCCCAAGGAGUUUCUCCGAAAUCGCCAGCCGGGACCCCCCCGUCGCUGCCGGGGCUCCCUCCCCACCCCCCCCAAAAAGCACAAGUCCCCUGGGUGACCGCUGUAAGUUAUUGGGAGAAGGUUAAUUAUUUUUGUUAAUCGUGUCGCGACUAUCAGGUCCUAGGUUCUUCUGCGGGGAGAUGCUAGAAAUAAUAAUAAUAAUAAUAAUAUUAAAUCAUGAUGGAAAUAAAAAAAAAAAAAACUUUUUUAUUAAAUCUUCCUCUAUGCAACCCUUUCCCCCCCCGAGAAUCUGUAUUUAUUUUUCGCAUCGGGUUUGAUUUGUAUAUUUUGGGGAGGGGGAGGCCGGGCCCGGAGGCCCUGCAGGGGCCGGUGCCGCUGUUGCAGCCUCCCCCCCAGGUUGUGGAACCGACUCUGGAAUUUUAUUUUAUUUUUUUGCCGAUCGGGUAAUAAAAAAAUCUCUAUAUCUGUA